ACUGACAUUCCGAAUUUCCAAAAGGUCAGGCAGUUAGCUAAAUGCCAGAUACAAACAGAGAAGCUUAUGUAAAUAAUGGAAAUGAAACAAAAAGAAGGUAAAGCACAAAACAGAACCGCCUUUCCUUUCCCUCCCCUUGCAGUAACCUUGUAGUAAAGUAAAGCAAGCAUAAUGAGGAAUGAUGUUGAAAACGAUGAUGAUGAUUCGUACCCUAAGCCUGUCGGAAGACGGUGUGUUUUCUAUUACGGCGUCGGUCAUAUGCUCAACGACAUCACAGCUGCCUGUUGGUUUACUUAUCUUCUACUGUUCUUGACGGAAAUUGGACUAUCCCCGAGGGAUGCUGCUAUAGCUAUGCUUGCAGGUCAGAUAGCUGAUGGUUUUGCUACUGUAUUUGCUGGAGAACUGAUAGACAGGUUUGGACAUUUCAAAGUAUGGCAUGGUGCAGGAUCUAUCUUGGUUGCCAUCUCAUUUUCUUCAGUUUUUGGCGGUUGCUUGCCAUGCAAAAUCUUGGCUUCCUGUUCGUCCGUAGUAGAAACUGUUUCAUACAGCACGUCUGCUGCAAUCUUCAAUGUGGGUUGGGCUGCCACCCAAGUUUCACACAUGUCGAUGGUGAAUUGCAUUUCACUGAAUUCAUCAAGCAGGGUGGUAAUGACAAGCUGUCGGAAUGCUUUUACAAUGGUUGCAAACCUCAGUCUUUAUGCUGUCGCACUAGUAGUAUUCAGUUCCAUUAAAGCAACAACUCAUGCGGAUAUUGAAAAUCAGUACCGCUGGAUUGCGUACACAUCAAUUUUUAUUGGAUGCUGCUUUGUGGGAAUAUUUCAUCUUGGCACUAAAGAGCCAAGGUUAAAGAUAUGCGUACAUGGAACUAGUAAUGCAAGGAUAUCAUGGGCAUACUGGUUCAAGAAAGUUUUAUACUAUCAAGUUGGUCUUGUCUAUAUGCUUACCAGACUUGUACAAAAUGUUUCACAGGUAUAUCUUGCAUUCUAUGUUAUGGAUGAUUUGCAGAUGGCCAAGUCAGCUAAAGCUUUGGUUCCUGCAAUCAUCUAUAUGAGCAGCUUCUUUGUAUCUGUCAUUAUGCAGGAAAUGUCAUGGACUGGCCAACGCCUGAAAGCCUGCUAUUCCGCUGGUGGCAUUCUCUGGGUAUUCUGUGGGGCAGGCAUCCUCUUUUUACCUAGAAACUUGAGUGCUUUCAUGUACGUCAUAUCAGUACUUAUUGGGAUAGCAAAUGCUCUAAUGACGGUAACUGGAGUAAGCAUGCAAAGCAUUCUAGUUGGUUCAGAUCUAAAUGGCUGUGCAUUUGUAUAUGGAUCUUUGAGUUUCCUAGACAAGAUUUCAUGUGGGCUUGCUGUCUUUGCCCUUCAGUCUUUUCAGAGCUCCUCACCGAAAACAGAGGAAGCCCUUUCUACAGAUUAUAUUUCAGUCACAAGAUAUGGCUUGGGUCUGCUUCCAGCUGUUUGUUCACUUGCUGGGGUGGCUAUUACAUACACUAUGAAACUCCAGACACAGGAUUCAAAAUCCUUGAUGGAACCGCUGCUGGAAUGAUUUACCAAAGCUCCCAAUUUGUACAAAAAGCCCUGACUCGCUCACCUCAUUUGCUGCCAUUUGACUACCAAUCUGAAUGCUAGAGUGCCGAAGGCCAAGCGAUUCCAAGCAGCUAGAAGCUUGUUGGAAUGCAGAUAUACUCGUACGUAACAAGUUGGGGGAUCUUUUGUUUUUUUCCUUGCUCCCUUUUGGGAUGUAAUCAUUGAUAUUUCAUUUAUGCUCACAAGAUGUUUUUUAAUAGAAUUUUCAUAUUAUAAUUCUUACAUUGUUUCGCACAAUGUUGUGAAACAGUUGUAUUAAAUCUCACGAAAUUAAAGUCUAAUUCAAGUUAGGGCAUUCACUUUG